UCCUCUGGGUUUUCCACCUGGGAAGCAUGCCUCAGAAUUCCCUCCAGCGUGAAAUCCACGCCAGCCAGGGCAGGGCGUAGUCCUGGGUCCUGGCCUCCUGUUCUCAGGUUGAACCUCAUCCCAGGCACACUCCCUGCUGUCUCCAGGGGGCUCAAGGGUUGCGCCUUUGAGCAAGAGGCAGACGUGGCUUGAUGGUCCCUGUGUGGCCUUGGAGAAGUCACACACUCACUGCUUAGUUCUCAUUUGCGGUUCAGGUUUGUCCAAGGCCCAAGUGGUUGCGACAACCUGAGAUCCCCAGGGUUGCUGGGAGCCGGGGUGACGGCCAGAGAUGCAGCUUGCUCUCCAGGGAGCUGCAGCAGAGCCUGGGGCCACAGCUGCGCUCACGGGGCACCACGGACAGAGCUCAGGCUUGGCUCAGCAGCUGGGUGCAAACCCUGGAUGAGAGCAAGCACCAGCCUUCUUAGCCUCAGGCUCCUGGGGAAUGGGGUGACAGAAUCCAGCCCCUUCGUCGGGUGUUGCUUGUGGAGUCUGUGAGCUCACCAGGCACAGGAUCCCUGGUCCACAGUGAGGGAGGACUACUCCUCCAGGCCCGGGCCUGGCUGCCCUCCUCCCAUGCUGACCGGUCAGCUGGCCUUGUCUUUGGUGAGGCACGUCCCUGUUCUGCAACUGCAGUGAGAUGUGGAGAGUCCCCAGGGAGAACCGGAGCGGGAGGAUGGCCGACGAGUGUCCCCAAGGGGGGUCCUAUGCUGCGUAAGACCUCGCUGUCUCCUCUCCACAGCCCCAUGGGACCCCCUUUCAGCACCAGCGCCAGGAAGCGGGACCCUUGCCCCGCACUGGGGUUUCUGCCCUGGCCGUUCCGGCUGGAAGCCUGCAGUCCUAGCCUUUCCUGUUCCGUCCUCCAGGCCACUAUUUGUCAGUAAAGGUUUUCGCCCCUCAGCAUAAACUGCCUCCAGAUCUGUAGCCUGCACAUCCAGCCCUCCAGGCAGCCUCUUCCCAGAGAGUUGUGCCCCGAGGAAGGACAGAGGCCCAGCAUGGGGGCAGUGGGCUGAAGCCACUGCUAAGCGAGCUGUGACCCAGGGAGGCCAGCCCAGCUGACACCCAGCCCUCCCCCCAGCUCCUGGAUGAUGAGCUCCCACGUGGCAGGCCUGGGCCUGGACAAAAUGAAGUUGGGCCGUCCCCAGUCCCUCCCGGACCAGGACGAGGCGGACGACCAGCAGCUGCUGGAGCCGGAGGCGUGGAGGGCCUACACGGAGCGCCGAAACGCCCUGCGUGAGUUCCUGACGCUGGACCUGAGCCCACACCUGCUCAAGCGUCACCACGCCCGCAUGCAACUGCUGCGGAAGUGCUCCUACCACAUCGAGGUGCUGCCCAAGCACCUGGCCCUGGGCGACCAGAACCCGCUGGUGCUGCCCAGCGCCGUGUUCCAGCUCAUCGACCCCUGGAAGUUCCAGCGCAUGAAGAAGGUGGGCACGGCGCAGACCAAGAUCCAGCUCCUGCUGCUCAGGGAGCUGCUGGAGCAGCUCGACCACAGUCGCGCCGAGCUCGACGCCCUGCUGGAGUCGCCCGACCCGUGGCCCUUCCUGGCCGGCUGGGCACUAGUGCGGCGGCGGCUGGCGGAGGUGUCGGCCGCCAUGGACAGCUUCCUGACCAUGAUGGUGCCGGGCCAGCUGCACAUCAAGCACCGCCUGGUGUCCGACGUGGGGGCCGCCAAGAUCCCGCACAUCCGGCUCGUGCUGAGCACCAAGAUGCCCGUCAUGUUUGACCGCAAGGAGUCGGCAGCCCACCAGGACUGGGCCCGGCUGCGCUGGUUCGUCACGGUGCAGCCGGCCACGCUGGAGCAGUACGAGCUGCGCUUCAGGCUGCUGGACCCCCGGACGCAGCAGGAGUGCGCCCAGAGCGGCGUCAUCCCCGUGGCCGCCUGCACGUUCGACGUCCGAAACCUGCUGCCCAACCGCUCCUACAAGUUCACCAUCAAGAGGGCUGAGAGCGCCACGCUGGUGUACGAGCCGUGGAGGGACAGCCUGACCCUGCAGACCCAGCCGCGGCCGCUGGAGGGGCCGAGUCUCAGCCACACCAUCCGAGAGGUGGUUUUCUAAUCCUUAUCCGCUAAUAAAGAGGAGUGUAAAUGAACAGACAGAAUUAAAGAAACAAACCUAUUUACAUUU